AGUAGAAUUUUAUUGUCAAUCAAAAUGGCAUCUCGACCUAAAUCGGCUGGUUCAUCACGUUCAUUUCUUGAUGAUCUACUUGGCCCUGAUGACAAUGAUUUACAAUCACGAACAUCGCCUAGACAACGUAAAUCAGUACGAUUUUUUGAUGAAGGAUCUGAUGAUUUACCACAAACAAAUCAAUUGCGAUCAUCAAAUCGGCCACAUAGUUCAACAUUAGAUUCAUUAUUAGAUACUAAAACUUCACAACAGCAAUCAAGUGCUCAAUUAUCCAAUCGUUCAAAAUCCGAUUGGCUAGGUCUUGGUGGUGGAGGUUUAAGUGAGGAUGAUAAUUAUACUACUCAUAAAAAAUCCAAUGAAAGAUCGACAUUAUCAGCUACAACAAAAACAAACAUUAGUUCAUCAAGUCAAGAUGAGCCUGAUUGGAUCACAUCCGGAUUAAAAGCUCGUCAAUCAAGACAAAGUACGACAGCAUCAGCAACUAAGAAUCGACCAUCAUUUUUGGAUACAGAUCCAUCAAAAACGUCACAAACAACGGCAAUUGUUGUCGAUACAAAUCAGGAAAUAAAUAAAUUGUCAUCGACAACUGUCAAUAGAAAUUGGCAGCCUAAAUUAUUAUCGGAUGUUGAAAGAUCAUCACCUUUAAGCGGUAUCAAGAGAUUUGGUGAAUCUGAACAUCAACAACUUCAACAACGAGAUGAACAAACAUUUACGAAUCGUAAAUCAGAUGCCGAACAAUCAAAUGAAAAUCAAUCGGCUAUAAUUCUAAACAAAUCUGAUGUUCAACAUCAACAAAAUCAACUGGAUGGAUUUUCAAAAAACAAUGAAAGUUUGAAUACGAUAAAUUUUCAACAACCACAACAAAUGUCUGAACAAAAUUCAGCCACGAUUGUUAAUAUCAUUUCUCAAAUUUAA